CCCCCCCCCCUCCGAAAUUCAGUUGCUUCUAAUUUGGUGGUUAUUACCCCAGUUCCUUUCGAGUUCUCUCCGAUUAAAUGAUUUAUUGCCGAGUAUGAAGCCUCUACAAACCCUACCUCGACUCCAUCGCCAUCUACUUCUUCCCAACGGAGACCUGCUUUUACUCCAUCGUCGUCUACUUUGCCCUCUGUCGCUAUCAUUCUCUCUCCACAUGCCUCGACAAACCAAUUGUACCUUAUACCAUUCAACGUCUUUCUCCCAGUUGAAGUUGAAGACGAACACUUAAAUCGAUCUGUUUAGGGUUACGAUGCUCUGUUUCCAGGAAACAACCGUUAUUUUGAUGAUGGAGAAGAACCCAUGUACGUUCCACAUGCUCGAGCAACAUUUGGAGGGCAUCUUCUGGAAUUUUAUCAGAUUGAACAGUUUUGCCAAAUUCUUGAAGAAGGGCCCAGUCCAGUCCACGCAAGAGAGAAAGAACAUGAACAGGAAAAUGCUAGAGAAAGAGAAAGGGAACGAGGGCAUGCUAGAGAAAAAGAUAAGGGUAAUUUUGCAUAAGGAGCAGAACCAAUGGAGAUUGAUACAAGCUCAACAACUUUGCCUUCCGUUAUCCCUAACUCUGAUGUGA